AUGAGAAGGUUAAACAAACCAACCACUUGUUCAUCAGGAGUAGUACAUGAAACUGCAUUCCAUUUGGGUCAAAUAUUUAAGACCUCAUCAGAAGCGAAGGACUACAUUAAAAUGCAUUCAAUUCGAACUACGAGAAACAUUUACUUUGCAAAAAAUGAUAAAAAAAGAAUUAGGGAAAAAUGUAGGGGUGUGGUCCCGGAAAUGAUAGGUGGGCCAUGGACAAAAAGUAGAAUCAAAUGCAAGGACAAAACAGUCAGUUCACAAAAAUUAACAUGCCCUUGGGUGGUAUUAAUUUUUAGAUCUGAUGAAGAAAGCGAUUGGAUGGUGAAAACUUUGGUUCAUGAGCAUAGAUGUGUGCAGUCAAGAUUUAUUAAAGCGUGUACUUCUAAGUUUCUUGCAACCACCAUUCUUCAACAAGUGGAAGGAAACCCAACUAUCCCAGUCAAAGCUUUGCGUGUAGAGUUACAAAAGAUAUACGAGGUGGGGAUGUCAAUAAUGAAGGUCUUUAGGGCUAAACAACUUGCACAGAAACAUGUUUAUGGAGAUUAUGAAAAGCAAUACAGCCUUCUCAGGGAUUACGUACUAGAAUUACAACAGUGCAACCCAGGAACAACUGUGAAGAUUGAUGUAUACAGUAAACCAAAUGCAGACUUGGAAACUAGGAUGUUUAAGAGAAUUUAUGUAUGUUUAGUUACAUUAAAACUGGGUUUUAAGGCAGGUUUAAGAGAUUUUUUAGGAUUCGAUGGGGCUUUCAUGAAGGGACCUUACCCUGGACAGGUUCUCACUGUUGUGGGUCUUGAUUCCAAUAAUGGGAUCUACCCACUAGCAUAUGCCAUAGUUGAAUCCGAGAACAAAAGCUCAUGGAGUUGGUUUCUAGAGUGUCUAGGUGAAGAUUUGGAGCUCUCUACAAAUUCAAACUUCACAUUUAUUUAUGACAGGCAAAAGUUUAAUCUUCUUAUGAUACUUGUUCAUGACAUCUGUGUGGGGAGACCAAAAAAGAAGAGAAAGAGAGCUCAAACUGAAGAACCAAAUAAUGAAGGUAAAAGUUUGACCAGGAAGUUCCUUACAGUUACUUGUAGCAAAUGCAAGAACAAGGGUCACAACUCUAGGAGUUGCAAGGGACAAGGGGGACAAAAUGAAGUUAGAAAUGUGGUGGCAGGGGGUAGGAAGCUUAGCAAGGCAAAGAAGCAGGGAGAUGGCAAAAAGGAGAAACCCAAAAUGAAAGAGAAAACCAAACUUAAGGAUAAAUCCAAAAUGAAGGAAAAAGUUUGA